CUCUUAAUAUGUGUGUUCAAAGUUCAAACAACAAUUUUGGGAAAUGAACAAGGCAUUAAACAGAGGAUACAAACUAUAAUUAGAAUCGACUUCAUUCCACCCAGUAUAUAAUUGGUAACGUUAGAUAUCGCCUCAUUCUUUUCACAACCAAUCUUGUUUUAACAUAACCAACAAACAAUACUCUCUCCCUCUAAUCCAAAAACUCCAUUUCUCUGCAAAUCCAAAUCCACACAAACCCUAAUUAAUGUGGCGACCGUGGCGCAAAUCGUCGGUUAAGAUUCACGACACCUACUCUCCCACCGCUUCCUCCUCCUCCUCCUCCUUCUCUUUCAAAGACAUCCACCACCUCUGCACCGACGAUUCCUCUUCCUCACCUUCUUCUCCUUAUCAUUCUUCUUCUUCUUCUCCCUCACAUAAUCGCGUCUCCAGAGUUUUCCACCGAGUAUGCGCCUCGAAUCUCAUCCUCCGAUCCUGGCCAUCUCGUCCCUCUAACAACCUCCUCCGCGCAGACUCCGCACCCGUCAAUCUACGCCGCAGCAAUCCGGAACCAGAAUCCAAAAAAUCCGAGCCAGAUGCUAUACGCAUCUCGAUCCCCGGCGCGGAGAGCAGCAUCGUCGUCUACUUCACCAGCCUCCGCGUGGUCCGUCCCACGUUCGAAGACUGCCGAGCCGUCACGGCGAUCCUCCGCAGCUUCCCCGUGCGGAUCGACGAGCGAGAUCUCUCGAUGGACGCGUCGUUCGCGGCGGAGCUGGAGCGGAUCUUCGAGGAAGAGAGCCAGACGACGAAGCAGCUGCAGCUGCCGCGCGUAUUUAUCGGCGGACGGUACGUCGGAGGAGCGGAGGAGGUGAAGCAGCUCCACGAGAUCGGGGAGCUGAAGAAACUCGUGCAGGAGUUGCCGAGGAUCGAGUUGCCGCGUGUGUGUGAGAUGUGCGGCGGUCACAGUUUCGUGCCGUGCAAUGUCUGUCACGGUAGCAAUAAGGUGCAUACGGAGAAGGUAGGGUUCAGAGAAUGCUCGACUUGCAACGAGAACGGGCUCGUUAGGUGUUCGUCUUGUUCGUUUCCGCAUCCCGCGCCUAACUCGUAGAUUUUUUUUCUGUUCUUAAAAGUUUUUUGUUCUCGAUAAUUGGAAUAAUUAAGAAUAUUUUUUUUUUAUUAUAUUUCAGAAGUCUCGAGUUUGUAAAA